ACUGAGUCGAUGAAUGCAAUGCAAACAAAGAGAAUGAACACUUUCCUUCUUCGUCGUCAAGAAGGAAGGCACUCAUUGAGUCAUGAAUGAAGUCUUUAAGCGACGUGUCAGCUGCAGCACGGCAGGGAAGGGCGGGGGAAAGAAAGUGUCUCCGACAGGUCGCCAUCCAUCCAUGCACACAGCUAAGAGCAGUAAUACAUCGUCAGUAUCGAGUCGUUGUCAUUCAGAAAGGGAUAGUCAGGCAGAUCCCCAGCAACCUGUUCACAAUACAGGCACACGAAACGCACCCCACCACACCACAGCAGACACCACAGCAGCCCUUUCCCUUUGACCGACAAGCUCUUGCAUGCCCAUGCAUCCCCACCGUGUGUGUCUGUGUAGUGUACCUCGGUGUUCGUCAGCGUCACACGAGCAUCAUCAGCCUCUCGUGGUCCCUGAUAGCUCGUCGACCAGACGGGGACAAACAUGGGAUUGGUCGGUACCGAUGGCUGCGGCACUGCACGCCCUUCCGAAUCUGUCGGACAACCGCACCCCAGCACUUCGACGCGCACCUCCGCCAGCGACGGGUCUUGUGUGCUGCAACACGCAGAAGACACCGCAUACGUCUCGGCUGCCCGAUCCGAUCCAUAGAUGAUGUAAUAUCGUUCGUGUGUCUGCUUACAUACAGUUGGUGUUGUUUGUUGCCCAGCUUCGAGGUCUCCUCCUCGUUGGUCUGCGGACCGUCCGUGUCCUGACGAACCACCAAGACGGAAGCCAGGGAUGCACUGGAUCCCCUGACAGCACCGUGCAACGGGGGGGUGGAUGAGGCCAGGCCAUGGCUGCCUGUCUGUGUCUCCCCUUACCGGUCUUUCGUCGCUUAUGUCGCGGCGAGCACGGCGCGAGGGCCUCGGCGGAGGGCUGUCUUGAUCCACCUGCACCCCCUCCACCAUAUUCUGUGCCGUCUGCUCAUCCUGAGUCUGCACCACGAACUGAGAAUCUGAGAAGCGAGAGCAGGGGAGAUGAGCGGAUGUCAGAUCAUCACACAGCCCUGCUUGUCUUACCAUUCCUGGUGAUCUGAGGUCCAUUCUGAAGGACGGCCUUCUCGACACUCUCCGCACCAUUUUGGCCACCUGCGUUGUCCCACUUGGUGAGCCCGAAGCCUGGACACUCUUCGAUCCCCUGCCACACACAACAAAUACGGCACAACUUUCAUGCAUGUGUCGGAAGAGACGAUGAUGGAUGGGGUGGGUGGGACGGCUCACAUUCUCCAGCUGGAUCCGCUUGAUGCCCUUGAGGUUGUCGAUCGACGGAGGAGGAGGGCCGUAGGGAGUGCGGCAGUCGACAUGGUGGCUGUGGCUGUGCCCUACCUCCACCGAAUGGGAACCACGACCCACAGACGACGUCCGAGCGAAUGGCGGGGUGGGUGUCGGAUGCGGCUGCACAAAGGGAUUGCGCGAGGGCUGUGGUCUGUCUGUCAUGGUGGCUGCUGCUGUGGAUGGCGUGUGGUGCUGGGGACCCGCAGGCGAUGGCCGCUCGUCGGGUAUCUCGGGCACAGGCUCGCGACGAUCUUUGUGUUGUGCUGUGGUGGCGGUAGAUGGGUCGGAGGAUGGCCAAGAGCUGUUGUCAUCCCUGUCGACCUUGUUGGGCUCCGACGAGCCCUCCUUGCUGGACUCGACGGCCGAUGUAAUGCUUGUGGAAGGGGCAUCAGUUUUUGCCUGGCGAUAGGCAUCGAAGAUCGCCCGGAAUACGCCGCGAUGUUGCAGCUGGCCGGCAUUGGAGGCGCUGACCAGAAACGUCCACAGGUUGCCCACAGACCACUCAAGCUCCCGGAUGCAGUUGACCACACGGGCGAGGUCGGCCACACGGGCGUCAUCGAUGGGGAAGUAGUGCAGGGCCCGGUUGGCCACGCUGCACGCCAUCAGCUGUAGUAGCGCCUUCAGCUGCGGGUCGCCCUCAAACACACCGCACCCCCAGUUUCCUGAUCAAUAUAGAGGAGUGAGUGUGGCACGGUGUGGAUCGUGUUUUCUCCCCUUGCUUACCGGAGGCAAAUGGCAUGCCGCCGGCGAGUCCGUUCGAUCCCGUGAGAGCCACAUAUGCCUUGUUGAGCUCACGGAGCAUGUACCCCUCGGUGUACUGCAGCUGCUUCCCAUGAGGCAUCUUCCCAUAGUCGACCGCAUCGAGCGCCACUACAUAAGACUGCAGCCACCCUUGGUUGUCGAGGGGCGUCUGGUCGUCAUAGGGGCCGGUGCAGCGGAAAGAACGGGCGUAACCCGUAAACGAUGAGAAGCGCUUGGCGCCCACGAUGAGGGCCGACUCAUUGUCCUUGAGCGGCUCCAUGAAUGCACGCGACACGAGGAGCUCGGGGGAGAUGGCGAAACGGAUCUCCUCUUGAACACAUCCUACAGAUACACAUACAUAGGGGCACACGCACGAUACAGAUGGUCCAUGCCAUGGGUGCUUGGUGCGUUCUCACCUCGCCCGAGCGUGCCGCCGCCGAGGACACGAUUCGCGAAGUCGGCCUGCAGGUAGGGCGAGUCCUCAAUCCGCGCAGCGGCGCUCUUUACGUCCACCCCCAGCAGCGGCAUGUGAUUCUUGGCCCAUUCAGCGCUCUUGGGCAGCUGCUGUGGAGGCACGCUGAGCCGCUGGAACACCACAGUGCGGUCCGCGUCCGCCGUCUUGUUGUUCACCGAUGCGGCCAUUCUGAGAAGAGAGAUACAUGAUAUAGGGAGAUCUCCUGUCGGUUCCAACUCCAGUGGGAGUAGAGUACCUGUUGAAGUAGACCAUGAAGCAGCAGAGCUUCCACACGCUAUCGGGUAGGGUGGAUGAGACGAGGCCCGUGAAGUUGAUGGAUGAGGAGGUCUCUUUGCCGCCCUUGAAGAGGCAGAAGAAGCCGGCCGACAGGAUGGCGAAACAUUGCCGGGCCGUGACUGCGAUGGUGCCGGUGGUCACAUCGUCGGGCCAGCAGCGAUGGACAGCAAGAGCCUCUCUUGCCAUAACGGGCAAGGCCUUCUCGAGAAAAAUGCCCGUGCACCGAGGUGGGAUGAGGCGGAAGACUGACGGCAGGUCAUUGAAGGGCUUGUUGUGGCCAACAAAGGCGCCCUUGCAUCGCGAGAUCUUGGAGAGCAAUUCUCGCAGCUGGCCGCUGUGAUGAAUGGCCUCUUUGCCGCUCGCAAUGAGCCGCAGCGCGUUGGAUGCGCACCGCCACUCAUCCGAAUGCUGAGAAAGCAGAGAGAACAUCCUGUGGGAAAGCCGUCUGCGUGCCGAUUGCCGUCAGAGGAAGGGGAUGCCGACUGCAUCCAGGAACACCCGAAUUCCUUCCAGAUCUGCCGCAUUGUAGGAAUACACCUUUGCGAGACUAGCGUUCGCCCGCGCGUUGCGCGAGCAGUUCUGCCCUAACGUAAACUCAUAAGUUUGGAUUUUUCUCUCUGACCACAAGUGAGCCAGACAUAUAUCAAGGUGUCAGAUACAGAGAGCUUCACAAGAUGCACAUCUACACUGCCACAACAAAUAUAUCCAAAGUCACUCGAACGCACCCGGAUACCGUCUUGCUGCCUCCCGCGUAGAUUCGUCUACACCCUCACUUUUUAUCUCCUCGUAUCUGUCCAGGUGAAGCUGACGCCUUCGAACCGCCUGCUUCUCCUCGGAAUGCUCCGCAUACAGCUGUCGACGUUUCUCGGCCCUGCUGGCACAGACACGCGCAUAGUCAAACCACACGCACACCCACGUCUGUUCCAGCGAUUCCCUCUCUCGUGUGCACCUGCUCAUUUGGCCGUCCCCCCCCAUAGAAUCCGGCACUCUCCACUCGUGAUCGCACUGGAAGGCCUCACAUAGUGCCACUGACCGCGAGAACGUCCUCUGAUGCUUCGAGCGGCCAGCGUCCACUACUCGGUCGAUGUAGAGCCACAGCAUUGUGCGGAGCUGCUCCUCGGUCAUUGCCGAUGCUGUCGUACUACCAAGAAAGGCGAUGGCCGUGUCAUAGGGGCUGAGUCCGUUCGCGACGGGCUGGCCGUCGAUGUACGGCCGCGCCCUCUUCGCAGUGUUGCUGGAGCGGAUGAGAGGCACCCUCAUCCCAUGCUCAGGCACGGGCUGCCGCUUGAGGACGUCGGGCUCUUCCUCGUUCGCCCUCCUCUGCUGGUGGACCAUCCUCCCCAGCUUCCACGGAUUUCCGGUUGGGGACCUGGCAGUGGGAAAGAAGGCCUCUUCCGCUCGAAUAGCUCGAAGGCCUCUUUCGUCCAUGUACGUGUCGGGCUGGAUGCUCUGGUGCCUCAUGGUCCCGACGCGCACUCGUCGCAGGUAACCUCCUACAAGGACAUCCCUGUAUCUCUCCAUAAUCUCGCUGCCGGUCUUGAGCUCGGCCUCCCCACCGAUCCACACCGUACGUGAGCCCACCAUCCAGCCACUGUUGUCGACAGCGGGCCACCCUCUGUCGCGGGUGAGCGCCCUCUUGCUCGUCAUGGUUUUUGUUCUCACACUUGCU